AUUCCUGGCUGUAAGAGCAGGACUGGGAAUCCUGUGGUGAAUAUCUCCCUUCCUCCCCAAAGCCUGUGCACCAUCUACAGGUUUCAAGCCAGGUGUGUGACAGGACACUCAACACUUGCCUGGCCUCUCGACGCUGGAGAAGGAAGAGGGAAUAAUGUCGUUCGCCUCACUGAUCAGGGAGAGAAAGGAGCAGGCUUCGGCCAUUGCCCGGGAAUUCCAUGGAGGAGCUGUGGUCGAGCUUGACCUGGGAAAGAAGGUCAGUAUACCACAGGAUGUGAUGAUGGAGGAACUCUCUCUUCUCACCAACAAAGGAUCCAUGAUGUUCCAGAGGCGGCAGAAGAGAGUGGACAAGUUCACAGUGGAAGGGAUAGGAGGACAAGCGGCAGGGAGUGGUCCUCAAGGUGGCGUAAAUGCUGGACAGUAUCCCAGCCAAGGCCACGUGGGUGCUGGUCAAUAUGUGGACGGGUUGAAGGAGAACUACAGAACAGAGGUCCACAUCAUGCACCCCUGUAAAGGGUCUGGGCCAGCUGUCCCCCCCAAACCCUUCGGCAAACUCUCUGCCGCCAAGAACAUCAAGGUUGUGCUGAACCCUAACAUCAUUGCUCCAGGUUACUCUGGCCCCCUGAAGGAAAUCCCACCAGAGAAGUUCAAUGUCACGGCCAUUCCCAGAUCCUACCGAUCACCCUGGGCUGAAGCACUCGAUGAGCAGGCAGACAUCCUGGAAACUGUGACGACUCAACUGCCGGAGGCCCCUGCAAAGGCUGAGGCCCAGGCCUACAAGUGCUUCAACAGAGCUGCCACGCCAUUUGGUGGUCCGGGCGCCUACAGGAGGCUGUCCGAGGUGAACGGCCCAGAGACCAUGGCGGUGCCAAUGGAGCCCGUCGUCAUCGAGACUCCGCGGUUCACCAACAGGCGCUGUUUCAACCGCCUGCCCCGAGGAUGGACAGGGCCGCCUCUCCCAGAAUCCGCGGAACUCUGA